AUGGGUGCGGCGGCCUCGGAGCCCGGAUCCCGCGCGGCCGGGCACCACGUGGUGCUUGCGGUAUCCUCGUUUCUUGGAGCGCCUGAUGGCUGCUGGAUGAAGGAUGCAUACCACACCUCCGUUGUGGUGGACAACGUGGAGUACACUUUUUCGCCACGCGGCAUUGUCAGGCAUCUCCUGAAGGGACAGCUUGAUGCUACAGGCAGCGAUGGCGUUUCGUACUUCCGGGGUAUGUCAACGAUCUCAGGACCCGAAAUGGCAGGCAUCUUAUGGCCCUUCUUCAAGGAGGGCAGCUACGAUGUCCUGAAGAAGAACUGCAACACGUUCAGCGACUGUGCGCUCUUCUGCCUGUUGGGGGAGCGUUUGCCGAUCAAGUACCGCACGCUUGAGAAAGUUGCUGGGGUCUUGGAUGAUGUCACUGGGGUCGUGCAGGCCCUGAGCAUGUGCAACUACAGGCCCAAUCCCAAGGCCCAGGAGUUCGAGAUCGUGCCGGUGCUGAAGCACAUCGAGUUUCAGACAAGGCCGGGCAGCCGGUCUGGGCCUCUUCACCGCGCGCCGCCGGAGAGGCCCAGGCCCAUCGUUCAGUCGGUGCCAGCCUACAGAUUGCAGCUCUGA